CACCACGAAAUUAAAUAAUUAACCGAUCUGUGGGGUACAAUCCUUCAGUUCAGGGGAAGCUCUACCCAUUUAAUUAUAGCAAUGCAUUGUUACGCGUCUUUCACAGUUGCGACUGACGGGUCAAUUGGUAGCACGCGAGUACCAAUUACUAGACUUAUAUAGACUGAUUCCCAAUUGCUAUUUAUCUGGACCGCUUAUCCGAGUUCACAAUAUUCCCAAUCGUCUAACAUUGAUCAAAUUUUAUGCUAUUGGAGCUUACCUUAGACCAUGGGACGUUAUCUCAGUACCGCUGGCCUGGCCAUUUUGGCCAUCUCCGGUGUCGCUGCAGCGACUGGUAACACCGCAAGUGUUACGAGGUCAGGUUCAGCAGCAACAGUGAUGGCAAAGCCUCUCUACCCUGGUCCUAAGAACACUGUCCCUUCUGGAACCCAUUCCUCAUAUAGCUGGCCUCCAGCGGAGACCAAGAUUAGCGAUCCAACCUGCACCAAAGUGCAGUAUGACUUCCCAUCGGGUACCAAUUUGAAUACAUCGCGUGCCGAUGCGGUUCGAGACCUUUAUAAACGAUCUUGGAAUGAGUACGCAGAAUAUUGUUUUGGCUGGGAUCAGUUGCUUACCCUCAACAAUUCCUGUGAAAAUGACAUCUUCGGAUGGGGAGCAUCCAUUGUUGAUGGUAUUGAUACAGCAAUCCUGAUGAACCUGACUGAAAUUGUUGCCACUCAGUUGGAGUUUAUCGCCAAGACUGAUUACACCACGGCUAACUCACUUGUUGAUGGAUUUGAUGCCAUCAUCCGUUACUUGGGAGGAUUACUUUCAGCCUACGAUUUGCUCACCAGUGGAUAUGUUCCCGAAGGAACUUACAAUAGUGAUAAUGUCAAGGCUCUUCUGUCGCAAGCAAAGGUUUUGGGUGAUAAGCUGAAACCGCAAUUUGACACUCCCAGCGGUUUGCCAACUGCCAAUAUCAACUUUACUACCAAUACGCCCAUUAAUUCUCAGUUUACGAACCCGCUUAACAACGUCACAUAUAAUGCUACCAAUGUUGCGGUUGCUGGGACCCUCAUCCUGGAGUUUACGAGGCUUUCUGACCUCACUGGUGAUCAAUCAUUCCGCGAGUUGGCUCUUCGGACUGAGGGGAAUCUAAUUUAUCCCGACCCAGGUCCUGUUUGGCCAGGACUGGUUGGUAGCAAUCUGGAUACUGAGACUGGAAAGUUUCUUACCUACGAUUUUGGAUGGCAAGCUGGUAUUGAUAGCUUCAUUGAGUAUCUGAUCAAAACGUACUACUACAACCCAAGCAACGCAGCAAAUGCUGUCAUGAAAGAUUUUUGGCUCACCACUGUCGAGUCCUCAAUUGAACACAUUGCUUUACAUCCAUACGACCAUCCAGAAUUGACCUACCUUAGCCAGGGUGAUGCCGCUGGUAAUAUCGAAUGGCAGAUGGAUGACUAUGCUUGCUUCGCUGGUGGAAACCUGUUGCUAGGGGGUGCUUUCCUUAACAGGCCCGAUAUCACCGACCUCGGUCUUGCUGUUACAGACUCAUGUCAUUAUUUCUAUAACACAACUGAGACCGGGCUUGGACCUUUGAGCUGGGGUUGGUAUAAUGCAUCAAAUGAAGCCUACGAUCCUUCUUGGAACACCAACAGAACCUACCGACAGCAAGGUGCUGAGUUCGGCUAUUUUAUCACGAGUCCCGAAUAUGAUUCUUUCCCCGAGUCAAUUGAGAGUUUCUUCUACGCAUACCGCAUAACUGGUGACUCCAAAUGGCAAGAAUACAAUUGGGAGAUAUUCCGCAAUCUUGAACGGCAAAGCACACCAAAGAUUCCAUCUGCGCCAAUUUCCGAUGUCAAUAAGCCAAAGAGCUUUAUUUCUGAGUUGCCCAGCUACUACUUCGCCGAAGUCCUCAAAUAUUUGUAUCUUUCUUUCGUUGAUCCAGAAAUUGUUAAUCUUGACUAUUGGGUGUUCAAUACCGAAUGCCACCCGAUGCGCCGCAAUGCUCAAGGCUGCUCUGCCAAUUAAUUUUGAAGACAGGAAUGGGAAUGCCUUUGGGCGAUCUUCGCUUUUGAGAACAUGGAAAACAGAAUAUCACAACAUGUGAAUAAUCAAUUAUCAAAUAUUUGGAUCUAUUGUUAUAAGUUUAGUGGUUUCCUCAUUUCUGAGGUAUAAAUAUUUUUAUUUAUCAAUUGACGGAACAAUAUUAAUACAAUCG